AUAUCUCAGUCUAGCUUAUCAUUUCUCCUCCGUUUCACCAAAAGACAUGAAAACAGAUAAAGAUAACAUUAACACAAGAAAAGACAUAUCUUCUCCCAAAUCUCUGGGAUUCAAAUCUUCCAGACAUUCGAUUCUAUUGUAAGUUUGUGACCAACCAGAACAAAAAAAAAAAAAAACUGAAAAACAUGAGAGCAGGAGAGCAACAAUCAGGGGCAAUCUAUGAACUAUGUUCAAUGAUAACCCAAAUCCUGAAAUCUCCUCCUCCUAUUCCCAUUCCAAUCCCAAGCUCACAUGACACUUCCUCCUCUUCUUCUUCCAGGCCCCAUACGCACGUGAUGUUCUCCCGGGUUUCUUAUGCAGCUUUUGCUACUUUGUUUCUGGGGAUCUCUUUGGCUUUAAUGCUGGUCGGUUCUGUCACCUUUAUCAUCGGCUUCGUUAUAAUGCCUUGGGUCAUUGGUUUGCUCGCCGUUUUCCACUUUGUUGCGGUCGUUUCAACUUUUUCCGAGCUUUGGAGGUCGUUUAUUGCUUCCAAGGAUGCCCCUUCUCAGAGGUUCUCAUGAAGUUAACACAGUUUGUUGAUAUUUGAAGCCUGGAAAGUUGAAAAGCUAGACAGAUAGAUGGCAAGGCUUAACUUGGCUGCUUUUAUGUUCCUUUUUUUAAAUUUGACUCUGUAUUUUCCUGCCAUUUUAGCAAAGGGAAAUUCUCUUCUUUUUUUUUU